AUGAGGCGCGGCGGCCCCGCUGCCCUGGCCGCCUGCCUCGCUGGGGCACUCGCCGUGCUGGCGGGGCCGGCACCGGCACCGGCAUCGAGGGCGGGCAGCGUCGUCGGGGGCGGCCGGCGGCCCCCGCGGAGCUACGGCCACCUGGAAGGCGACGUGCGCUGGCGGCGGCUCUUCUCCGCCACCCGCUUCUUCCUGCGCAUCGAUGGCGGCGGCAGCGUGGAGGGGACGCGCUGGAGGGAGCGACCAGGCAGCAUCAUGGAGAUCCGGUCGGUGCGCAUCGGCAUUGUGGCCAUCCAAGCGGUGCACACUGGCUUCUACCUGGCCAUGAACAAGCAGGGGAGGCUCUACGGGUCGAGGGAGUUCAGCCCUGACUGCGCAUUCAAGGAGCGCAUCGAGGAGAACGGCUACAACACCUACGCCUCGCUGCGCUGGCACCACCGGGGCCGCCCCAUGUUCCUCGCGCUCAGCGGCAAGGGCAGGCCCCAGCGAGGGCGCGAGACGCGACGCCAGCACCUCUCCACUCACUUCCUCCCAAUGCUCGUCGCCUGAGCCCGGCUCCUGGAUGGUCAGCCCUCGGGUUUGUCUUUAUAGAAAACAAAAAGGAAAAAGGGUUAUUUUAUAUACAUACAUAUCUAUUUUUUUGCUAUUUAUUGUUAUAUUUUUUAAAUGCACGGCAGAGACCAAGAAGACACACUAGACACAACCUAUGGCCAUGCAGGGACAUGGCCUCGUGGGGACACGGCUUCUCCCCACGUCCCGCUGAGAUGGA